AUGCGCACACGACAAUCCACUACAGAUAAUGGCUUUGUUAAUGAAAGUUCUACCUUUAUAAUUUCUGACGAUCUUUUUGUGAGGCCUAAUCAUCUUGGAACAAGUUUGAAUCUCCUUCAGAAUCUUGGAAUCAAUGACUUCGAUGAUAUUGAUAAACAAAUCGUUAACAUCAGCAAGAAAGAGGCAUGUUUUCUGAGUUUCUAUGUUAUCCUUUUCUGUUUAUUAUUAUUUAUUGUUGUGCUCUCAUUAGUUUUUAAUCUCUUGUUUCAACAGAUUAUUGAUCUUCUCAAGUUUUCCUUGCUUUCAAAGUCUCCUCUGUCAGACUUUAUCUUUAAAAAGGAACAUUUUGUUGGUAAUUUAGACCCAAGAAAUCGUUUGGAAUUUUGGAUCGGAGAGGUAGAAGAGCCGUGUAAUGAAUCUGAUGAGAUGGUUGUGAAAGUAGUGAGAAGAAAAUCAAAUGAACAGAUUUUGUUUGUUGAAGGGGAUGAAAAUUUCUCGGACUUUAUUUUAAGUUUUCUCACCAUUCCCCUGGGUGGAGUGGUACUAAUGUUUGAAGGUCUCUCUUUUUUAUGUUGCAUGGAUAAUUUAUAUAACAGUAUGACUGAGUUGAAUCCAGACAGGUGUUUAAGGUCACAAUAUGUUAAAGACCGACUAUGUGAGCCACAAGUCGGCAUGCAUCUUGAACUCAGGAACCAGAUAUUACCGAUUGGUGAGACAAAUUCAUCUGGCUAUAUCAUACACUGCAAGGAUCAUAAAAAAGAAGUGAUAUUUGUUGAUCCCAAAUCCCCUAUUUCUGGAGGAUUUCUCAGAGGGCCAACUUCGUUCAUGGUGACUGACGACUUAGUUGUGAGUCCAAUGUCAUUGAUUUCUGGUCUUGCGUAUUUAGAAAGAAUGAAGGUCCCCCUUAAUGAUGUAGAAGAAAGAGUCAUCAGAAUUGGUGUGAAGGAGGGUCUCAGCAUUCUGAAAGCUUCAUUGACCUCAACAUCUUCUUUGACAAACGGUCUUAGCCUUUCCAUAAUGGAACAGUUCUUAUAUCAAAAUUAUCUGUAGGCGUUAUACAGGCCAAUAAAACUGAGGAGUUGAAGUUAUUAUAUU